UAUUUUAUAUAUUUCUACUAUUUACUACUAAGACCAAUAAAAACGUGAUCCAAUUUACCGCAUUUAUUGCGUAUUCAGUCUUAAAGUUUUAUGCUUUUUUUUUAUACAAAUAGAACUAGCUUAAUAAACGGAUGAUUACUCGCAAAAUGGCGAAAUCAAUCCAAAAACAAAUAAAGGAAAUAAUCCUUUUGCUUGAAAAACAGCAUAUGCGACUUUCGAAUUUGGAAUUACCAUUAGUGGGUAAUCACUCCCAGAACGCGGUUAAUAACUUUGAUAAAUUAAGGAUCCCUGAUCCUAUUAAAAUGAUCCCAAAUUUCGCGGGAGAGCCGAAAAUGCUAGUUUCAUGGCUAGAAUCGGUGGAUCAAAAAAUCCAACUCAUCAAGAACAUAAUUAACAAUGAACAAUUGAUUAAUGAUGUAAUGCCUUUGUGGGUGAGCAUCAUCAGAGACAAAAUUAUAGAUAAAGCUAAUGACGCUCUUGUAAAUAGUCUGGUCGGCAAUUAAAUCUGCUUUAAAAGAUUCUUUUGGCGACAAAAGAGAUCUUUCCACACUUUGUACAAGUAUCCCUUACUUGAAACAAGGUUCAAAAGAUUUAACUUCGUAUUAUGAAGAGUGCCGAAACUUAUUAGCUGAUAUAAAGGCGAAAAUUUUGUUGAACGACUAGACAAAAGUAUGCGCUGUAGUUCUUAUAAAAACAUACGAGAGCAUGAUUACAAAUGCUUUCAUAGAUGGCUUACAUGCGAAUUUAUCGUCAUUAACUCGCAUUUAUCGACCUGAUAGUCUUUUAAAAGCCUACGAAAGUGCUUUAGAUCAAUACAACGCCAUACAAAGACGACGUGAAAGUUUUCCACAAAGAAUGGUCCCUUUUACGAAAAACAAUUCAUUUAGAGAACAAUCACAGCAGCAAUCAUAUUUCAUGCACAAAAAACCUUUCAGUUUUCUCCCAUAUCUGAAUAUUAAAACACAAAUUGGAAAUCUAAAAUUUCUUGUCGACACUGGCUCUAAUAAAAACUAUAUUUCACCAGAGCAUAUUCACCCCACAAUGAAAAUUAAUUGCGUACCUCAUCUAAUUAAAAACAUUUCCGGAUCGCAUAAUAUAGACAAAUUUAGUGAACUCAAUAUUUUCUUCAACUAUAAAUCACUACCAAGGCAGAAAUUUCUUUUAUUUCGAUUUCAUAAAUUUUUUGAUGGUCUAAUCGGAUACGAAUCUUUAAAAUCAUUGGGCGCUAUCAUCGAUACCGUAUCCAACGAGCUACUAAUAGGAAGUUUGAGAAUUCCUAUGAACAGAAAAACUUUUAACGGAACUGAAACGAACUUUCAGAUCAAUAAUAUUCAUGGCGGAAAAACACUAAUAUCGAACAAAACACAAAAUUCUUAUACUGAUCACAAUGUUCAAAUCGAUCCAAGCAUAAUUAAUACGAAAAAUGUUUCAUUAUUCAACCCGAGUAGUAAUCCAGUUAUUCUAGAAACUGACUUACACAACAAAAUGUAUUCAAGCAAUCGAACAAAUCUCCAAAACAAACAAGAGCAUAAUUAUAGGAAAGAGCGAAUAAAUAGAACAGUACAAACGGGAAUCAAUCAAAAUCACACAGAAAUUAUCGAAAAUUUUACUUAUACGAAAUCCAGAACUCAGCAACCCUCACAUAAACUUGAUAAAAACAACGGAAGCGAUGGAACCGUUGAAAGGUUCCGCUCAACAAGCAACGAAAUAUCUCGUUGCUACAGACACAAAUUCGGAAAAUUGACAACUAAUGAAAUGUUUUUAAAAUCAUCUAUAUUACAUAAUAAUACAAUAUUAUCUCCCCCAGAUUUCAAGCGUCUAGAAGCUCCUUACGAUAUCAAGGAUAGUGAAGAAAAAUCAUUCAACUUGGCAAAAUUAUUUUGAUAUCGAAACGAAUGCGAUAUGAAUGUUGUGGUAAAAUAAGACAAAUCUCAAAGUAAAACAACCAUCACAAUAAAUGCGAACCGAACACAUCUAAAAUGUUAAAUGAACCAAACAUUACUUCUACCAUAACAAUAAUCAUAUUCUUUCCCUUUCCAGGAAAUUCUAAAAUUCUUUCUGCCCGCUCCUAUCAACUAUAUCCAUACAAUCCAAUGAUAAAAUCAUCUUUAUUACAUAAUAAUACAAUAUUAUCUCCCCCAGAUUUCAAGCGUCUAGAAGCUCCUUACGAUAUCAAGGAUAGUGAAGAAAAAUCAUUCAACUUGGCAAAAUUAUUUUGAUAUCGAAACGAAUGCGAUAUGAAUGUUGUGGUAAAAUAAGACAAAUCUCAAAGUAAAACAACCAUCACAAUAAAUGCGAACCGAACACAUCUAAAAUGUUAAAUGAACCAAACAUUACUUCUACCAUAACAAUAAUCAUAUUCUUUCCCUUUCCAGGAAAUUCUAAAAUUCUUUCUGCCCGCUCCUAUCAACUAUAUCCAUACAAUCCAAUGAUAAAAUCAUCUUUAUUACAUAAUAAUACAAUAUUAUCUCCCCCAGAUUUCAAGCGUCUAGAAGCUCCUUACGAUAUCAAGGAUAGUGAAGAAAAAUCAUUCAACUUGGCAAAAUUAUUUUGAUAUCGAAACGAAUGCGAUAUGAAUGUUGUGGAAAUUCUAAAAUUCUUUCUGCCCGCUCCUAUCAACUAUAUCCAUACAAUCCAAUGAUUCUAGUAGAAAUUCUGGUCUACUAAUCAUAAAAAAAGCCCCAGCGAUAUAAGUCAAUAAAAUGUGCCCUAAAAUCGACUAAAAAAACUCUUCUAGUACCUUAUAAAAUAAAAAUAGAACGGCAAAUUUAAAAAAAAAACAUCCAUGUUUCAAUUCACAUUCUAUUGCCAAAAAUAGAACAAGAUCAAAAUCACCGAAUUGUAUAAGAUCAUAAACUGAAGAAAUAAUAAAACAUCUAGAUAACAAUAAUUUUAGCGAAAUCAUAAAUAGUCUAACAGACUGAAAGUCUUCUGAAAAACAAUGAGUAAGUUAGGUUUAAAAUUAUUCCUAUAAGCAUGAAACAAAAAGAAGCAGAAAAAGGGCUGAUUUUUUUGCCGAAUUUGAAUUAUUAAAUUUGACUGAAUUAUUUAAAUUAUUUUCAAUUGAGUAUUCCUAGAGUCGUACAGCAUAUCUUCCAAACAUAUAAUUAGUUAAACUUCGAUUUACCUGACAAUUUUUCCCAUAAAAAAACUGAAUUUCGUAACAAGUAAAGUAAAAAAAAAAAUUUUUUUUUUCUAACAAAUUUAGAUCAAAUCUAUGAGUUCUCAAAUCUAAAUCCAUCAGCAUUUCACGAUCAUAUGGAAAUUUUUCGCAUUGUAUCGAUUCUACAAUUAGAUAGUACGAGUUAUUAUAUAUUUUUUGUUAAACCUUUACAAGUGAGAAACACAACACUAAAAAUGCCCGCCACCAUCGCCAUCAUCAACAAAACCGGACGAAUUUUCCCACUAAGAAGUGUAGCCGCAUAUCCGAUAAGAACCGUCUUGAAGAUUUCACCAAGAACGAGUGUUUCCCUAACUCAUCAACUAGAGCCGAUGAUUGUACCGCUCAGGACUACUCUACACGAGCUGAUGAUUGUACCGGACAUUCUGCCAUGGAUUUAUAUUGAGUCCGACUUGAACUUGUUUGUAUUAAAGAGGCAUAACACUUCGCAGUCAAAAAAUGAUGAAAACGCAGUCAAAACCCUACUGAAACGGGACGUUUCAGACUCGGAGAAGGGAGAAGUUAAGGAAACAUCUGGCUGUUAACAAAGAAUGGGAACAUUAGAAGAUGCAUGCUCUCAACGCAUUCAUGACAAGGAUCAUGAGAUAGGCCAAAGAUUGCAAAUAGCCAACAACAAUCUAAGCAGCAGCGAUAAGGACUCCCAUGACGAAAGCGAGAAUGCAGGAAUCCUAAACAAACCGAUGAAGAUGGAAACUGGAGGAACACAAACAGAAGCGCAAUACCACAACAACGGAGGAGACGAAUCAUGUCUGCUUUAGUAUGCAGUGCGGUUGGAAUAGUGUUUAAACGCAAUUUUUUUGUGAUACUGUGUGGAGGCAGAAUGAAAACAAUAAAAGCAAGUUUGGGUGAACGCGUAUUCGCUAUGAGUGAGAUGAAAACCAUGCCGCUGGAACAGCUGAUACGUUACAUUUAUCCGGAUUUUCAUGGGCUUGACGAGUUGUUUCUCAGUGAUUCCCGGAAGACAACCGAUGGAGAAGGUCAUUUGGUUGAGCCAUCGUUGUCUGCUGAGAAGCUUGAUUCACGAUCGAUGUUUUCACUGGACUGUGGCCCCGAGAUGUCUAUCUACAUCGGAUCGAAUGUGGUAAACUAUCCGUUGGUCAAAGGAGGAAGACAGGAACAAACGUCAGUUCUCGGAAGAGCAAAUGUGAGACCGAUUUAAACCUUGCAAAUCAUUGGUUCAAAGUGGAAAAAACAGAUAUAAUAUUAGGCUGUCAAAAAAGUCCUGCGGUAUUUCCGCGAAGUGUCGUUGUAAGCGCGUAGUUCUAGUUGUAUUCACAGUGUUUUGUUUGGUGAAGUCGUUCGUGAGUUAUAGUGUCGCAAAUAUGGAGCAAAAUAAAGAGUAAAUCCGACAUAUUUUACAGUACUACUAUGACAAAGGCAAAAAUGCAUCUUAAGCUGCCAAUAAAAUUUGUGCAGUUUAUGGACCCGAUGCAGUUUCCAUUUCCACCGCACAACGAUGGUUUGAACGUUUUCGUUCUGGUGUAGAGGUCGUCGAAGAUGCGCCACACUCCGGAAGGCCUGUCGUCGAAAACUGCGACAAAAUCGCUGAGUUAGCCGAGAAACACCGGCAUAGUAGCAGCCGUAGCAUCGGCAAAGAGCUGGGGAUAAGUCAUCAAACCGUUAUUAACCAUUUGAAGAAGCUUGGAUUCACAAAGAAGCUCGAUGUAUGGGUGCCACACACGUUGACGCAAAAAAACAUCUUUGACCGUAUCGACGCAUGUGAAUCGCAACAAAAUCGACCCGUUUCUGAAGCGGAUGGUGACUGGCGAUGAAAAGUGGGUCACUUACGACAACGUGAAGCGCAUACGGUCAUGGUCGAAGCCCGCUGAAGCGGCUCAGACGGUGGCCAAGCCCUCAUUAACGGCCAGGAAGGUUCUGCUGUGUGUUUGGUGGGAUUGUCAAGGAAUAAUCUAUUAUGAGCUGCUUCCCUAUGGCCAAACGCUCAAUUCGGACCUGUACUGCCAACAACUGGACCGCUUGAAGGUAGCACUCAUGAAGAAGAGGCCAUCUUUGAUAAACAGAGGCCGCAUUGUCUUCCAUCAGAUCAACGCCAGGCCACACACUUCUUUGGUGACGCGCCAGAAGCUCCGGAAGCUCGGAUGGGAGGUUCUUUUGCAUCCGCCGUAUAGUCCGGACCUUGUACCAAGUGACUACCACCUGUUUUUGUCCAUGGCGAACGAGCUAGGUAGUCAGAAGUUAGCCACAAAAGAGGCCUGUGAAAAUUGGCUAUCCGAGUUUUUUGCCAAUAAGGAAGCGAGCUUCUGUAACAGGGGUAUUAUGAAGCUGGCAUCUCGUUGGGAACAAGUCAUCGAACAAAACGGCGCAUAUUUGACAUAAAACAGAUGAUUGUAACUAAUUUUAUGAACAAAUGAAAAUUAAAAAAAAAUACCGCAGGACUUUUUUGACAGCCUAAUAUAUGAAAAAUUUAUAUAAAAGCUAGACUACUAUAAACAAAAAAAACAGUUGUUGGCGACUGCAAACUAUUUCAUUGUAAAAAAUUAGGACAGCAGUGAGAAAAUGAAUAUGACCAAUUAUUUUUUCUUCCUCUCAAAACAACCAAAUUUAAAAAAAAGGUGAAGCCGAAAAGCCUUUUCCUAAUCAAUUCAAAUCGACUGUUGGAAGGAUAAUCAAUUUUUAAAUAAAUUAGGAGAUUUUUAGAAUAAGGGCGAUAAAAUGUGUGUGAAAGGAAAUUAUUCACCUAGAAGAAAGUAGUACGAUCUAAUUCUUCUCAUGCUUCAAGAAUGUAAUUCACAGACUGAAUUAAUUUAGCAGAGAAAUUUGAACCCGGCAUCAAAAUAUGAAUCAAAGAAGGGAUAAUUAUUAUUUAACAAUAUUCCGUCAAUUCUGGGAAGACUGCUUAUUCUGUUUAGAAAGACACAAUCAUAUCUCCCGUACUUUAAUUGUAUGGACAGGGAAGAAUGGGGAAAUGUACUUAUCGAUAAUUUGAAUAGGUGUGAUUCUAAACUUUACAUACACACUUUGAAGUGGGAUUUUAACAAAAUGUAAAAUGUUGAGGCAUAUUUGUCUACAGCCAAUUUAUAACAAGAAUGUGUCCAUCAAUCGCAAUAAUAGCUUUUGAAUGUACCGAAGGGCUGGAAAACCAGGAAUGAAUUCCUGUAAGGACAUGUAUGCCCCAAUACUUACUUAACAGUUCAUGAGUAACUGAAAUGUGGGAUUAUCGAGAAUAAAAAUGUAAACAAAGUAGCGCUAUAAAAGCGAAGAAGAAUCAUGGGAGAAGAAUUUACCUCCAACAAUAAAGAUUGAAAUGAAGAAAACUAAAUAUUGAAGAAGAUGAAAGAUUAAAGAUUAAAAGAAUAUGAAAGAUUAAAGAAUUAAUGAGAAGGAAAUAUAUUCAGCAAGAAUGAUGAAAAUAAUGCAAUAUGUACCAAGAAUUUUUUUAAUGAAGCUCAUCAAUAAUGAUCGAUAAGACUUUCGGGGAAGCUUUAAGGAGAUAUGACCAUUUUUGUUUCCAUUUAGAAUUGGGGAAUUACAGAGUUGAGGGAUGCUUUAUUUUAAUUACAACCGAAAAAAAAUCAUUUAAGUUCCUAUGACUGAAAAGUAAAAAUCAAAAAAUCAAAUACAUUUAUCUAAUUAUUACAUUAUUGUAUAAUCUGCUUGCAAUAACCUCUUCAAGAUUAUUUCAAGCUCUGUAAGUAAGGGGGGAUGAAGCGCCCCUGAUCAUCAAACAUUGUGUAAAGGUGCUUGGAAGUUACAUUCCUUACAUUUUUAUAUUUUCUGAAGCGCCAGCCAAUUUCAAGCCCGCGAGUACAUCCACCUCUUCGAUUUAUCUCAUAUUACAAUCUUGUUCGUCAGCCAGUGUCGCUGACCAGGUUUAACUUUUUUUCCAACACGAACUCCAGUGUCGCGAGUAUAAAAAAAUAAGCUCGGGUUUCUAUGUGGCUCGUGGCGACAGUUCAUUGUUCACGCGACGAAAAUUCCGCGUAAACAAAUUACAGUUUACGAUUAUAUAUAGCCAAUUCGAUUGCAAUUAGUUAAUUGCAUUUUCUCUCUCGAAAAACGACUCCAAGCACCUCCCAUAGGGAUUUGUACGAAUAAUUAGUUGGUAAGAUGAAAGUUGUUAACAGGGAGAGUAAUAAAAUAGA